GCGGUCGUGGGAGCUGGAGGCUCUCUCUGCAGUUACGAACUGACUUUCUUUCUGUUUCGAGUUGGAGGUCCCGCAGACCCAUUUCUUGAUCUUCUGAAAGCAGCCAGGUUCCCACUAUGUAGCCCUGGCUGGAAUGCUGUCCGCUCUGAUCACCAGUGGUGUUGCCAAUCCCUGAGCUCCUGGUGGAGCCUCUGAAGAGAGAAUUCCCACCCCCAUGGCUGGGGUUCUGCGCUCCGUGUUCCAGAGGCCUCCAUGCAGACUGCAGACUGUGAAGAAAGGUGUAGAAUCUCUCAUUGGUACAGAGUGGAUUCGUCACAAAUUUACCAAAUCAAGAAUUCCAGACAAAGUGUUUCAGCCUAAACCUGAAGAUCAUGAAAAGUACGGUGGGGAUCCCCAGAACCCUCAUAAACUGCACAUUGUCACAAGAAUAAGAAGUACAAAGAGGCGUCCAUACUGGGAAAAAGAUACCAUCAAGAUGCUCGGACUACAGAAGGCACACAGCCCUCAAAUUCACAAGAACAUCCCAUCGGUGAAUGCAAAGCUGAAAGUGGUUAAACACUUGAUACGCAUCCAGCCCCUGAAGCUGCCACAGGGACUUCCCACAGAAGAGACCAUGUCCAGCACGUGCCUCAAGAGCACUGGGGAGUUGGUCGUGCAGUGGCAUCUGAAGCCUGUGGAGCAGGAAGCGAAGUCCUGAUGCCACAGCUUCAGCUCACAGAUGCUCUUACUAAGGAAACCGUUCUCAUUAAAGUGUAUGUUAAUCCAGUCA